AUCCACUCCGUUCUACGGUAUGGCCUACACAGGGCAUCUUCUUUUCUUCUUGUUAUUUUCUUCUUUCCCUGGAGAGAGUGGGUAGCCAGUCUAGAGCCUGGACGAUCGACUCUGGGCGACAACGCGAUGCAUGCAACGUAGGUAUGAUUGGCAAUCACCCCUUCUCUUCUUUUGCUUUUUUCUCUGUUUUUCAACUCGGGCUUCUCCUCGGACGCCCACUGGGGGUAUGUAUAUAUUGUGUCGGUAUAUAUGCCUACCUCUCCUCAUACCACGUAGUAUGAAUGCCUACCUACCUCCUCUGCCCACCUCCGGCCGUGGGAGGACGGAAUACGUGGGAGAUACCCGCGAGACACAUCGUGUGGAGAGGUGAUGCAUGCGGUCGCGGCGAGUACCUCCCUGGAGUACUCGAUGUACUAGUAUCAUCGCCCUGUCCCCUUCGCAACAAUUCGGCCUGGUCAGUUGCCAGAGGGAACGACGGGACGGGGUUUCUUAGGGCUGUCCUCGGAUAAAUACAAAUGAAUGCAAUAUAUGCGAUGCGCGGUAUCGCAUAUUGUAUAUG